AUGGACGCACAGAACUUAGCGAAUGCACAGCAACCUGGACAACCAAACCCAGAGAAUAUUCCAAAUGAAGUUAGAAUACAAACUGCAAUGGCAAACUAUGGUCAAGUGCCAACAGAUGUACAAAUGCAAACUGCCAUGUCAAAUGACGCUGCGUUAGGCUUACCACCAUGGUAUGCAAAUAUGAGAUGGAAAGAGUUUUAUACAAACCCUGAAGUGGGAUAUAAACAACUCUAUGCAGAUGACGCGAACACAGGAGUUGACCCAGA